CACCACAACAACAGAUCAACAGCCGGCACGGCCGUCACGAAGAACAGAUGCCGCCGCGGAUACCCACCGAGGCCGACUUCGCGCCCCUCGCGGCCACGCUCCCGCACGCGCUGCACUUCCCCUCGCCGCGCGAGUCCACCACGGCCUUGCUCGUGCUCUUCCACGGCCUCGGAGACAGCGAGGCGCCCUUUGCGUCCUUUGCCCGCGCCGUCAACCUCCCCGGCGUGCUGGCCAUUUCCGUGCGCGGCACGGCCGUGCUGCCGCCCAGCCUCCUAUCAGAUGACGACGCUGAUGCUCGUAGCAGUGGCGGUGGUGGCAGUGGUGGCAGUGGGAGUGGCAGUGGGAGUGGCAGUGGGAGCGGCCAGCAGCACUUCCACUGGGGGGACGACUUGUCCAUCGACCCCGCGACGGGCGACAUCGACGCCGACCCGGGGUUCGAGCGCGCGACGCGCCUCGUCAUGGAGCGGCUGGUGCGCGGCGUGCUGGUCGACGGGUGCGGGUGGGAGCUCUCCGACGUGCUGCUCCUGGGGUUCGGGCAGGGCGGGUCGCUGGCGCUGGGCAUGGCCGCGGCGCUGGCCAAGGAGAAUGAGGUCGUCGACGUGACCGCCAACACUGUGACUACGGCUACGACGACGACCAUCACCACCAGCAGUAGCAGUAGCGGCGGCAGCAGAGGCAGCGCCGCGGGCGACGGCGUGGACAGGCGGAGCUUCAAGGGCGUCGUGUCCAUCGGCGGGCCUCUGCCGCCGUCGACGGUGAGCACACGCUCGGCGCGCGACAGGUGUCGCACCAGCGCGCUGGUGUGCCAGCUGGACGAGGAGCAGAGCGACUACGUGCGGCGCGAGUUCCGCGACGUGAGGGUCGUGCGCUGGAGGAGGGCGGACGUGGCGAUGCCGCGCGACAGGGAGGAGAUGCUCCCCAUUAUGAAGUUUCUCGCGGAGAGGCUGCGGAGCGGGUGGUGAGGCAGG